AUGGAAGAUCACGACGAUCUUCUCCGGCGAAAAUUCAUGGAGUUCCCUUACGUCUCCGCCACGCGUAAGCAGCUUAUGGUCGAUCUCAUGUCGACGGUGGAAGAUCGCCUCCACUCACAACUCCUCCCCUGCAACCUCCCUCCUGAUGUACGAAGCUUCAAGAACCCUAACGGCUCCGCCGAAGCUUCUCUUCUUAUCAGAUCCGGCGAUAAAUCAUCUCCGAUACCAACAGGUGUAUCACUCAACAUAACAAGCAUCUCUGGAUUCUUAAACUCUUCAACAAGAGCUCCAAACUUUGUAGUUGAACUCAUACAGAGCAGUCCGAAAUCGCUCGUUCUCAUUCUCGACCUUCCUCAUCGUAAAGACCUCGUUCGUCAUCCGGAUUAUCUCAAGGAGUAUUACCAAGACACUUCUCUUGAUACUCAUCGCCAAUCGCUACUUAAGCUUCCUGAAAUCAAACCUUAUGUUUCGCCAUCUCUCUUUGUCCGCGCUGCUUUCUCUCCUACAGCUUCGAUGCUUGAAAUCGAUGCGGAGGAAGAGGAAAAGUUGGAGGAAAUCUUGAGGGAUCAUGUGAGUCCAGCUGCUAAGGAAGUUCUCGGGGUUUGGUUGGAGCGAUGCGCGAAUGAAGAAUUAGAGAAGAGAGUGAUAGGUGAAGAAGAGAAAAUGGAGUUGGAUCGAAGAGAUAAAAGCUUUAGAAAGAAGAGCAUAGAAGAAGAUUUGGAUUUACAGUUUCCAAGAAUGUUUGGUGAAGAAGUUUCGUCGCGUGUUGUACAUGCUAUCAAAGAAGCUUUCGGUGUUCUCUAA